CCCACUCCCCAAACAGUCUCCCUCUCUCUAUUUUCCUCUCUCUAUCUCUCUCCCUGAGCCUAUACCAUUUGUGGCUUGGUGUACCUAAGUUCUUACAGAUCUUCCCGUGUUCAAUUCCCUCUGCGCUUCCUGGAUUUCUCUGUGUUGGAAGUCAAUCGGUAUUAUGGGAAGAUCGAGUUGAGACAAUCGCACUCUUUUGUCUUCUUCAGACAGAUCUCGUAGUCUUCAAUUGUGUACAAAUCUCAGGUUUUGACCUCCAAAGCCUUCAAUCUACCCAAAAAAUGGGGAAAUCUGGUAGAGAUUGGACACAGAUCUACGCAAUCUACGGCAUGGAGGAAGGCCAAACCCUAGUUUUCCUUCUAAUCCACGCCAUUUUCUUCUCAUUCCUCUCCAUCCUCUUCCUCCUCUACUUCAACCCAAUCUGCUACUUCUUCGGAUCACUCGCACUCCCUGCCGGAGCCGCCCGCUUCGCGGCCGGAUUCACCGGCUCCGUCACGGCCAUCUCCGCCGUCUGCCUCUUCUUUGCCGCCGGCAACAUGUUCUACUCCUCCGUCGGUCUCCAUUGGGACAUGGCCCAGCGCAUGGUCAGCGCGGUCAACGACUGGUCAACAGUGAAGUACGCCCUCGACGUCGGCUGCGGCCGCGGCAUCCUCCUCAACGCCGUCGCCAUGCAGCUGAAAAAGGAGGGAAGCUCGGGGCGCGUCGUGGGGCUGGACCGCCGGAAGACCACGGUUUCCACACUCCGCACCGCCGGGAUCGAGGGGGUGCAGGAGUACGUGACGUGCCGAGAAGGCGACGCGCGUCGGCUGCCGUUCUCCGACAAUUACUUCGACGUGGUGGUGUCGGCAGUGUUCGUGCACAGGGUGGGGAAGGAGUUCGGGCAGCGGACUGCCGCUGCCGCCGCGGAGAGGAUGAGGGUGUUGGGGGAGGUGGUGAGGGUGUUGAAGCCAGGUGGGGUAGGAGUGGUGUGGGACCUGGUACACGUGCCGGAGUACGUGCAGAGACUCCAGGAAUUGAGAAUGGAGGACAUCAGGGUCUCCGAGCGCGUUACCGCCUUCAUGGUUAGCAGUCACAUUGUCUCCUUCCGGAAGCCCAAUCACCUGCUCCUGGGUCCAGGGGAGGUCAGGCUGGACUGGAGAUGCACCAACAUUUGUUGAGAUUUCACCUUCAACUGUAAUUCAGACAAAAAAAAAAAAAAAUUAUAUAUACUUAAAACAGUAUUGAUAGUGCUUUUUGUUUUUUGUUUUUUGUUUUUUCAAAGUAGAUGUAGAUGUCUGGGGAGACGAAGCCGAGCCAGACGACGAUGCUUCUAUCUGAAAGAUGGACGUAUUGUUCUUAUGUUGUUCAUAUCUGUGUUUUCGUUUUCAUUUUCAUUUUAUUUUAGCUAUGUGUUUUUGCUUUCAGAAAGUAUUGAUACUUGUAUGGCCUCUGGAGUUUGAAUUAAUGAAAAGAUAUAUGAGAUUAAUUCAAAA